AUGGUCUGGAUGAAGCUGGGCUCCGCCAACUUCUCCAGCUGCCCCAACGGCUCCAGCCAGUGGAUAUGGGACGUGCUGGGCGAGUGCGCCCAGGACGGCUGGGACAAGGCCAGUGUGGGCCUGGGCUUGCUCUCCAUCCUCUGCUUCGCGGCAUCCACCUUCCCCCAGUACAUCAAGGCCUGCAAGACGGGCAACAUGGACCAGGCCCUGUCGCUGUGGUUCCUCCUGGGCUGGAUCGGUGGAGACUCCUGCAAUCUCAUUGGCUCCUUCCUCGCUGACCAGCUGCCCCUGCAGACCUACACGGCCGUGUACUACGUCCUGGCCGACGUGCUGAUGCUGUCGUUGUACUUCUAUUACAAGUUUAAGAAGCGCCCCUCUCCGUGGUCUGCCCCCAUCAACUCUCUGCUCCUGUUCAUCCUGGGCGUGGCGUGCACCACCCCGCUGCUGAGAAGCGCUGGCUCGGUGGCUGCCCCGAGGGAGGUCUUCCAGGGGCGGACGCUCCUGUCCGUGGAGCCGGGCAGUAAGCCCUUCACGAAAAAGGAGAUCAUUGGCUUCGUCAUCGGCUCCGUGUCCAGCGCGCUGUACCUGUUCUCCCGGCUGCCUCAGAUCCGCACCAACUUCCUGCGGAAGUCAACCCAGGGGAUCUCGUACUCACUGUUCGCCUUGGUGAUGCUAGGCAACACGCUGUAUGGACUGAGUGUGCUGCUCAAAAACCCCGAGGAGGGCCAGAGUGAGGGCAGCUACGUGUUGCACCACCUGCCCUGGCUCGUGGGCAGCCUGGGUGUCCUGCUGCUCGACACCAUCAUCUCCGUGCAGUUCUUCAUGUACCGGCACGCCACCCCCUCAUCCGAGCGCCAGCCGCUCCUCCGCAGCUGA